AUGGCUGCGGGGAACUGCACAGCACCCAUCACCUUCAUCCUCUCUGGGCUGACCGACGACCCACAGCUGCAAAUCCCACUCUUUGUGCUGUUUUUAGCCAUGUACAUCACCUCUUUGCUAACGAAUCUGGGCAUGGUUGCAUUAAUCAAUAUCGAUCUCCAGCUUCAUACCCCUAUGUAUUUUUUUCUCCAAAAUUUGGCUCUCAUGGAUGCCAUUUAUUCCACAGUCAUCACUCCUAGAAUGUUAAUGACGUUUUUGGUAGAAAUGAAAGCAAUUUCAUACGCAGCUUGCAUUACACAAUGUUUUAGCUUCGUUUUGUUGAUAAUCUCCGAGUGCUUGCUGCUGGCCGUGAUGGCGUACGACCGCUAUGUGGCCAUCUGUAAACCUCUGCUUUACACAGUCAUCAUGUCCAAGACGACCUGCUGGAGCCUGGUGAAAGGGUCAUACCUAUGGGGGUUCCUCAACUCCGUGAUACACACCGGUGGGCUGCUCAAACUCACCUUUUGCUCUUCCAACAUGGUAAACCAUUUCUUUUGUGACAUCAGCCCACUCUUCCAGAUUUCCUCUUCUGGUACUGCGGUCAACGAGCUGCUGGUUUUCACGUUCGGCAGCUUGAUUGAGAUGAGCAGCAUCACUGCCAUCUCCAUCUCAUAUGUUUUAAUUAUUCAAACUGUGCUGAGGAUCCGCUCCAAGGAAAGAAAAUUCAAAGCCUUCUCUACUUGUGCCUCGCACCUGAUGACUGUCACCUUGUUCCACGGAACAAUAGCCUUCAUGUACUUCCGACCAGCCACCAGCUACUCAUUGGACACAGACAAAGUCGUGUCCUUGUUCUACACGGUGGCCAUCCCUGUGCUGAACCCCCUCAUUUACAGCUGGAGGAACAAGGAGGUAAAGGAGGCCCUAUGGAGAGUCACAGCCACCAAAGUUUUGCUUCACUGGCCGUUUGGUUGUCCACUGAGAUCCCGGAUUGAAUCUUAG